AUGAUUAUUGGAAACAGGCCAAAAUUACGUGAAGACUUGAGUCAUGUUGGUUUCAAGUCGCCACAUGAUUUUCUAGAAAAAAAUACCAAACAUCUCAAAAGAGAACAGGUUAUAGUUUACCGGAUAGGUAUAGAUAUCUAUCUUCAUCGAGAAUCUUCAGGAAUUGAGCUACAGUAAUAAGGGAUAUUUUGGGCAAAAACAAAGUGUACAUGUGCGUUAUGUAUCUGUCUUUAAAGGUCAAAAAGGUAAAUUUUUGUCCGUUUACCUUGCACUGCUCGAAAUUCCAUAUGCGAUCGAACUCAUGAAACAGACAACCGCAAGCACUUUGCAAAUGCAACAUUCCCUACUCCUCGAACUAGAUACAGUGAUGGACGAGGAAUACACUUAA